ACCAAGCAGAAAGACAGCUGGCCUCAAAGCUUGGCUCUGGAUUCACGGUUCUGUAUACACUGCAGUACAGGUCACAUUCCUGAUAAAUUAGGAAAUGUUCCCCAGACGACCCCCUUGCCCCCUCCUGGCUUGUGCGUGCCAGCAGUGACCCUGCACAGGUUCAGUAAUCUCCAGGACAAUCCGAUCGUGUCAAAUCAGAAGCGCAGAGCAAUCCCAUCGAGAGAGGGGGGCUGUGUUAUGCAACGGCUUCUAUUCCUGUGCGUGUGUGUUUACUGAAAUAAAGAAUGAGACUUUGGAACAGCCGGGAUAGUAAAAUAAUACCCUGGGGAAUUCAUCUCCUGUUUCUCUGAAUUUCCUUAAAGAGUUGCUGCAAAUGUGCUUUGACUUGCGCCUGCCAUAGACACAUGUUACAUAGGCUAGAUCAGACAGGGGCUCUAUAAAAGUAAGAGACAGCGCCAUCUAGUGAUCUGCCAUGUUGGAACUAAUUUCAUUUUUGUUUUAUUGGAAAUACACCCUUUGUGCACUAGAGGGCGCUGGCACUUGCUAAUAGGAGGAGAUGAAACACAUUAUACAGCACCAGAGGAAUUAGACUAGUCUUUCUUAGCCUGCCCAGUACUUCCUGACCCUUAACCGAUAUCACAGGCCAGGUCUUCUGUGUGUUUGAUUGCACAGCAUCUGUUGUGAGCUUGGAUGAGCUGUAAUGGCUAUUGCAUAUGGAUACUACUGGUUUGCAUGGGUAUAGGAAUUGGGUGGCACUCGUUCAACGACGGGCCCUUAAAGGGUAGCACUGUAACUCUCUGAACAUCUUUACUAAACAUCUGAUGCGUUUUGAUAUUUACCUCUUACUAUCGGAUUUGAGCCCAACCAGUGAGAGGUCAGAACUCAGAGCUGAGCAACCGUUUUGACUAAAAGGACCCUGACAAGGUGACCCAGGAAUUCUUACAAUACAGUUAAACUACACCACACACAGCUUCAGCAUUCGUGUUCUAGUGAAACAGGGUGCAUGUUUAAACCCAGCAUCAUGUUGUUUUUGCAAAAAAACUAGAGUCCGUCGCUGGGGUUUUAUUUUUGUGUUCUAACCUCAAGUGUUGCGCAUGCUUUAAAAAAACAAUGAGUUACAAAAACAAAUAUGGACAGGAGUAAUCAGAUCAGUGCUUCAGCUCAGAGCUCACGUGGGGGACACAGCGUCAGUGUGGGAUUAAAGCAGGGACUUGAUUGAAGGUACAUGCAGAGAGAGAGAGAGUGUGGGAGGGAGAGAACGGAAAACAGUGAGGUACUUUGAGUGAGAAAAGAGCGGACACAGAUCAGGGGGAUACGUUGAGAAAGGACGGAGGGAAGCAGUGGAGAAACUGAAUGAGAAAGAGAGAGAAGGAGGAGAAGGGCACCGAAGUAAGAGGAGACUGAGAAAAUGAAUGAGAGAAAUGAAAUAUUCAUUUAGAUCCUUUGUUGAAAAUGUUAUUUCUCUUUUUUUUUUAAACUUAGUGCUGCAUCCUGCAGCUUUGUCAAUGCUAGGUGAGUCGUGGUGAUAAACUGAAUUCAUUAGAGACAGGAUGGAGGGAGAGAGGAGGGAGGAGAAAACAUACAAUUGAUUCCAGUCUAGCAGUUUUGCUAUCUGGACCAUGUCUUCUCAGCCCAGACAAUCAGAACCGGGAUUUUUAGAAAAGAGCCACCAGAAACUACUGGACCUUAUGGGGCAGAGCCUUCGGAGAGACCAACCCUUCAUUGGAACGAAUAGGCCUAUUGAAGCAGGCGUUACUGGACAGAGGCAUCAGACAAAACCGGGCUUCACUGGACCACACCGUCACAAACAGCAAGGAUCUCCAAGACGGAAGCGUCAGACAGACCUGAAUUUUAACAGACAAAGCGUUCAGACAGAACCGGGCUUCACUGGGCCGAAGUACCAUUCAGUCCGGGAUCAGAUUAGCCGGGUGGUUCUGGAUUUGGAGACAGUUCUGGGGGGACUGAAGCAGGUCCAUCAGGAGAUGAAGGAGCUCGUCCAGCAAAUAGACAAGCUGACCUCCAAGCUUGACCUGACAGGGGAGGAGUCCGGCAAUGGUUACCGUAGCGACACCGUGACCAGCACCAGCAGCUCGAGCGGGGUCGUAGUGUCCAAUAAGGCCGGCGGUCAUCAGCAGCGGACAAAGCCAAAGGUGGCGGCGUCCUUUUCGACAACCAAACAACGUCAAGCAAAGCCUCCACCUGCACCCUUUCCAGUAUUCAGAAUGUCAAACAACUGUGGAGCAGACAGGCCUAUCGUACCCACAAUGGCACCAGCAGUCAGGAGAGACCUUCCGCCAACAGCCACCAGGGAGCGACUGCAGAUGGAAGAACCAGUCUGGCUGCCGAGGCGACAGGGGAACGCGGGGGGCAGAGUCUCCCAUCCUCUCUUGCAGGAGCGGCCAGGCUUCAGGUCCAGCAUUACUGUCUAUCCUGGGAGCUGCUCUGGGAGGCAAAAGCCACCAUUCUGUCCUCCAAACGGAGAGGUUGUCAGGCUUCCCAGUGGCACAGCCUCAGCCCCAGCCAGCCGUUACCAGCUUCCCAGCUCCCUCAUGAAUCAACACUACCCCACCCCACGCAGGAUCACCUCAACUGCAGUGUGAGGGGGGUGAACCACACAGUGGAAACUAUACCAAGCCAGCCCGGCUCGGCUCCUGGCUAGUGGAAACGAGAUAAGAGAGCCUGCCGACUAACGCCCAGGUGGGGAAGGACAGCUGCAGUCACCGCAGGAGACAGAGACGCUGACAUCAGCUGGAGU